CGUUAGCUUUAGCCACGUUAGCCAGCCCUGUGGUGUCAGCCAGCAUCAGCAGCCUCCCAGCAUGCAAGCCCUGAAAGACAACUUCUUCUACCACUCAAAUUCCAGGUUAGCAGCCGAUGGAGGCCUCGAGGAUGAGCGGCAACUUCUGGUGGAGAAGCAGAGGUCGUGCAGAGCCCAGGCCCGCAGGUUCUCCCAGGAAACCAACCGCCGCAGGAAGGCUCUGGAGGAAAGGCGGAAGCAGUGGGACGUUCAGGAGCAGCGGCUGAGAGAGAACAUCCUGCAGCAGCGCAGACAGCGAGUGCAGGAUGCUACCGAGCGCUUCCAGAGAGCCCAUCUGCCUCCUUCUCAGAGAAGAAGACAAUGUUCGUCUUUUAGAAGAAAGACCCCAACUAUUGAAGAUGCGCUUAAUCACAUACAAGGCAACCUGAAUUCCUACACGCGGCAGUCCUCUUUCCUGUCCAGCAGCUCCAACCUGAGCAGGAGCUGCAGUCCCUCUCCAAAGCCUCCCACGGGAUCCAGAUCCCCCCACCGCCGAGCCCUCUCCGCUGUGGAGGCCUACGCCAGGCUGCUGCAGGAGCACAGCACGACUUCAGGCUUCAAGGGCAGUCAACAGUUUUGUGUCGAUGAGAUUCAGAAGAGGGAGCAAGACGCUUGCAGUCCACAGGAUCACCAUGUGUAUCAUCUCAAUCAUUCCGAAAGCCUUUCAAGCCUGGACAGCCUGGAGAACGAGGACCCCAACCACAACACAGUUAAUCUACAAUGUUCCUAUUCAUCCUUGUUGCUUGACUCUGAGAAGCCCCAGACAGUCCAGAAAAACCAAAAUGAUUUGUGUCAAUCAUCGGGCCUAUCUUCUUCCUCAACAACGGCCCUUCUUGGCAACAUCUUACCCCAACUGAGAAGGAUGCACGACCUCAAACCCAAAAAACAAGAAGAGUUUGAAGUUCUGAACAACAGGAUGCAUAAUCCUUCUCAAGCCACACCGGGGUUCACGUCUGUUGAGCAAGCUUCUAAAAUGGAGGCCCAACCACCUCUGGGCAAUUGCAGGCUGUUAAGUCUUUGUGAAAUUAUUGAUGCAGAUGAAGAGCACUGUGAGGAAAGCUCACCACAAAACAGUCCCAAUGACAAAAUCACAGUGUUGGCGAAUGACAAAAUACCUCUCAGCAACACAGCGCUUGAAUUUAACAUGUUAGAUCUCAGACACCAGAGUGUUCAUGAUGACAGGCAUGCAAAACAUCCAACAGCAACAGAAAUCAUUUUGCCUGCUGAAAACAGCAGCCACAAAGACAUUUUGUUUGAGGCUCCCCCAAAGCCUAAUGUUUUCUUGAAAGAAUGCACAACAGAUAAUGCCUCACAAGAAGAAACUGUCCAGCAGGCAGGAGAAGUAAACAACUAUCUAUCGUCCCAGAAAAGCCUUAGUGAUUCCAUAAACAACCUCAAUAAGCUUUCUAACCUAGAGCCCAAAACUGACAAGUCCAUUAAUGUAGGAUCACUGCAACAAGCAUGCUUGUCCAACAUAAAAUCAGACACUCCUAAAUGCCUUAAGUGUCCUGAAGAGGAAAAACAAAAAAUACCUCUCCCAGUAGAGACAUUUCAUUCAGAUUCCAAAAUAUGUCAAGUCCGGUUCAUUAAAGGAAUCCUUAAAAAGCAAUCCAAAUAUGUUGCAGGGGAUAACACAUAUGAGUAUGGCUCAGGACAUUUGUUUUUUGCAAAACAAGUAGCUGUAUCAAUUAGAGACAGUGUUGAACUGACUAGGGUGAAAGCCAGGGAUGUGGAGGCCAACAAGACUGUCAAGAAGAAGCUGCGUUGGCUUGAUGAGGUAAAUUUGGAAAAAGAGGAGCAAGAACAGAAUAUAAACAUAAGGAAACAGAUGAGAGGCAAGUCUUCCAGUGUAUCUCAGUCAAAGAGCAACUCAGAGGACCACCAGCCGAGUCUGACCACUGUCUCAGGGGGUUCCAGGACUGGACCCAGCUUGACCCCUCCAGCCUCCAGUGGUUAUCACUUUACAAAGCAAGCGUGGGCAGAUGUUGGGGUUCAAGUCAGCAUGGCCCAGGAGCGAGGAGACGAGGUCAAGGUGCCACGGAGCAGCACCCGGACGGGUGGCCCCAAGGUCCCUAGGAGAGAGCAUUCUGCUAGAGUUGGGGCGAGUCCUGUUUCCUCGCGCACCAGAAAGGGCGCCGUCAUACGACCUCAAUCUGCCACCGAGGUGAGUCAGAUUGCGAAGACCCAGGGGAAGAUCUUGGUGCCUCGCCCACCUCCCAAGAUGGAAACGGCAGAGGAAAGCACUCUAGACAAGACAAUGUUCAUCACCAAAACACCUUACAGCAUGGAUCACCCUAGUGUGAACUUUAAACAAGCCCUACCUGUAGAGCAGGCCUCGCACAAGGACGAUCCAGAGAGCUUUUACUCACCUUACACACAUCGUGUAAUCAGAACAGAUAGUAGUGUUGUGUAUACACCACUGACACCUUCGUAUACCUACCCCGUCUUGGAGGGCAGCAGUAAGAGCGCACCCAGCUCAGGUCAUCAGGAGGCUCAGAGCUGCAGUGGAAGAAGAGGGCUGGUGUACAAUGAAAAAGGCCUCUGUUUAGAUUGCACUCCCACAGACGAGGAGAUCUCACAGCUCUGGCAUGGUGUCCGCACUGCCUUAGCCACCAAGGACGGUGAUUCUAUAAACGUCCUGACUCACAAUGGCCUGUUGUCUGCCUUGUCUCAAGCCCGUGCCAAUUUGUCCCAUGUUACCAUCAGCGGUGAUAGUCUUAUCAGUGGUGUCAAAGCCAUCACAGGACUGGGUGGCUUCCUUCUCUCCCCUCCCAACGGAAGAAACCUUGUGAGGAAACCGGCUCUGGAGGGCAGUGGAGUCAGGAGGAGGAUGUGCGUGGAGCUAAACAGGCAGCACCCUUGCUCAGGGAACAGAAGGUUUCCUCUGCCCUCUCAGCCAACGAGACAGACCACAGACCCAGUUAGACUGUUCUCCAAAACUUAUGAAACAGCACUUCCAGAUGAAGGCUUGCAGAGUGCAGCCCAGUUUCACCUUGCAGAAAAACACAGCGACGGCCCACUGGAAGAAAAGGAUAUUAUGGCUGCUAUGGAAACAGCCCAAACACAGAGGCCUGGACUCGGCACCCUUUCCUUGGAGGAACAGAGAAUCCUUCUCUCCCUAGACAGGCUGAACCAGCAGCUGCACGGUGUUCAGGGGCAUGUUGGGAGUGCUGCCUCCAUGCGUGGUCAUGUGCACAUUGAUGUAUCCCCAGCUAAGGAAGGGAAAGCUGCAGCCCCUCACAAGAACCGGGCGUUCUCAGCCGACAGCCGCUCUCGAAACCCGAGGAAAAUCUGACCGAUGGCCUUCCGGUCCUCACUUCCACCUCUGCAUUGUACCUGCCCUGCAGUGUACUGUAUGACAAAGCACUUUAUGAGCUUCCAAAAGGUCUUCAGCCUCUUUUGAAACCAUUAGU